CGGCUGAUCAUUAUUACCUGUUCAUGGUUGACUUACUGACAAGGAUCUUCCUGGUCGUGGAUGUAGGCCUACAGAAGUACAUCUAGGCGAAUUCAUUUAAUAAGAAACAGUUUGGAAUAUAUAGAAGGUCUACCCAGUUUGUGGACAAUAUUAAAGGUAUAUCUCCACAAUUCAAAUACAUGUAUUCAUUCAACAGUUGGUACAAUAAUCGCCAGCAAUUAACUUUAAAGCACAGCAGUCAUAUAUAAUCUACUUAAGAAAUGGUCGAAAGAGGAACCAGCGCCGGUAUGGACAGUCCGUCCAACUUUCUACGAGAUACACCAUCUCUCUCAUUAACAGACCUUACAGAAUCGGACACAGAGAGUGCCAACUCUCCAUCAUCUCAAACAGAACUUCUGUCAUUAUGCCACUCCUCGGAUAAUCAAGAGCCAGAAGUCAUUGGUGUUGUAUUAAUGGGUAAAACGGGGGCUGGCAAGAGUUAUCUUGGUAAUUAUCUGUUACAGCAGGAAUUGUUUCAACCCAGUAGCUCUCUUAGCUCGUGUACAUCUGAAUGCCAGUCCGGUGAGCGGUUACUGAACGGUCGCACUAAACUUAAAGUCGUCGACACUCCAGGUUUGUUUGACACUGAUAUCACAGUUUCAGAAAAUGUUAACAAAAUAUUGUCUUUGUUCGAGUGUUUACAUUGUGUGGACAUUUUUCUUCUCGUGGUUAGAGUUGAUAUCAAACUUGGUAAAGACGAAAGGGAAGCACUGCAGUGGUUAAAAGAUCAUUUCGGCGAAAAUCUUAACGACUUUGCUGUUAUCAUCUUGAAUAAUCAUGGAUAUAAACCUAAGAAUAAAGAAACCUUAAUAGGCGAAGCGCCUGAAAUCCUGAGAACAAUCAUUGCUGAUUGUGAUAAUAGAUGUGUUCUCCUGCAGUAUAAUGAAACCAGUGUGGUUGAUGAUAAUAAAGAUAUUGACGCCAUCUUAGAAAUAAUCAACACAACAGUUAGCAGGAACAAUGGACGUCGGUAUACAUACAAAAUGCACGGAGAUGCAAAAAUGGAAUACGACGAGAAAGUGAAAUGUUUAGAAGAACAAAGUAAGAAAAGGGAAAAGGUGCUGGAAGAACAACUGGAAAAUAUGCAAAAAGAAAACAACGAAUACAAGCAGUUAGUAAACAAAAACUCAGAUAUCAGCUCUAAAGUCAACUUAUUACUAAGACUUAUUCCAACUGAAAAACAAGAAGAAGCAAGACAUAUCAUUAAAGAUAAUGGCGGCGGAACAGGACAAUUUAACGAAAGGGCUGGAAAACAGGCAGAACAGAAUAUAUCUAUACUGGGGAUAGCUGGCAAAGUCAGGGGCAAAAUAUCUGAUAAUGAUGAGGCGACGAUCAGAUACAAUUGGAAAUUUCUAAUAGACAAUAUAAAAGACCACACCCAAACACUGAUGGAGCAUUUGUUCCAGAAAGAAGUUUUUGAAUAUGAAGACAUGGAGAAAAUAAAUAAAACAAUUAAAAACGAGGACAGUCGAGCAGGUGCUUGCAUGUUGUUGAAAACUAUGAUGCAAUCCGGCCCAGGGGCUUAUCAACGAUUUAAAGACUGCUUGAAAGAAACUGGUUUUUCAGGAGUUGUUGACAAGUUACAAGUGAAGCGAAGUACUGCCUCUGUGAGUGACAGCUCAUCAAUACAGCAUUCACCUGAACUACCUAACAGCCCAUCAACCCCACAGAACUCAGAAUCAAACGAAGAACCAUCUAUACAGAGACCACUUUACCAAUCUGAUAUGACACAGUACACAAUUCACCAGUCGUUUGAUCAAAACUUCCAAAAUGGUCAACUGCCUUCAUCUACUAGUCAACUGAUUAUUCCAUUUGAUUGGCAAAGUUCCAAUGGAAACACGUCUGUUCUGAUAAGCCAAUUGCCACUCAAAUCCACUGUCCAUAGUCCAGAGUCUGAUUCAUCAAUGCUUUAUCCAAAAAAAGACAAUGUGAUUCAUUCACCAACUAGACAUGAUGUAUUAAGGAAGGGAACUCAGUCAAUAACAUUACAUCUAAUAUCAAAUCCGCUCCAUAAUCAACCAGGUAAGAAUCAGCUAGGAAACAAUUCUUUUGAAAUAUCCCCAGAGAGUCAAAUCGGUAAAGUAUCACGAAAGGCAUAUCAACCAAAGGAACAAAGAUAUAACCGCUCUUUGACAUACCGUACACCAGAACAACCCAAUAACACACUAUCACCACAUGCUUCACCUUACCAACAAAGACCAGCAGUAACACCCAAUAAUUACCUUUUAACAUACCGUACCCCAGAACAACCCAAUGACACACCAUCACCACAUACUUCACCUUACCAACAGAGAUCAGCAGUAGCACCUGUCACACCAGAUAAUGAUUUGCCAAAAGGUUAUUCUGUCCAUGAAAGAAUUUGCCCUACAUCGAUUGGUCCUCUAAAAGGAAAGAGUGUCACAAAACUGGGUGAAUUUGGAAAUCAUUGUAAGAAUUUGGACUUACAUGGAAAGAGGGACUGCCUUGAUAAUGAAGAUAAACGCCUAAAUCUUAAUCCUUUAGCUGAAGAGUUUACCCCGACACCCACCAAAGAAGAAUCGCUCAACAAUUAUUUUCAAUACCCGCCAACAUCAACUUCAAGUUAUGCAACAAACCAACUUCAUGAAGGAGAGGAUUUCCCUCUUCAUCAUGCUGCUAUUUAUUGCAAAGAUAAAGACAAGUUUAAGACAAUACUGGAGGAAAAUCGAGAUGAUGUACGUAAAGUUGAUAAGAAUGGUAAAACACCACUUGAACUAGCUUAUUACUCAAAAUUUAUACCAUUUAACAAACUAAAAAUGAUUGUAUCUAUUGGUUUUACAGACGCUAAAGCCCUUUUUGAAAUAUGCCAAUCAGCUCCCAGUAACCUACUUGAGAUAAUUUUUGAUAAAAAUAUACAUGAUCGAAUGAAUGAAGCUGAUCGCGAAAACAUAUAUAACUUGUGUAGCCUGCUUAUAAACGGGGGAGAUAUUACUUGCCAAACCGAUCAUAAGACAACCUUAUUACACAUAGCGUGUUUAUACAGCAGUAUAGAGAGCGUAAAAUAUUUAUUAAACAAGGGAUGUAAUAUUUCCAUAGACGACAAAAAGGAGCCCCUUUUAUUCAUUUGUUGUAGAUCAUCUAUCCAGCCGGACCUUAAAAUACAACUACUGAAAUCGAGAGGGACUGAUCUGAAUACUAAGCAUAAAAAUAGCAAAACCUUGUUACACGAGGCAUGUGAACAUGGCACUUCAGAUUGUGUGAAAUAUUUGCUUGAUGCAGGAUUAGAUGUAAAUGCACUUGAUUACGGGAAAUAUACACCAUUUUACUACUGCUGUAGGACAGGGAUAGAAUCACUUCAAAAAGUUAAGUUGUUAGUGGCGUCUGAUGCUCUUUCAUCUAAUACGUUUAGUAACGAUUUACUGAAUACAGCGUGCAUGUAUAGCGAUAUUUAUGUGACCAGAUAUAUUUUAGAUUUGAACGAGUGUCGGGAUCUAAAGCUUAAUGUUAACAAUGCAAAUGAUCGGGAAGAAACGCCAAUAUACUUCUGUUGUAUUUCCAAGAAACAGCCUGUUCCUAAAAUAAAGCUAUUAGUAUCAAGAGGAUCGCGCUUAGAUAGCACAUAUCGCUGUGGUAAAACGCUAUUACACGUAGCUUGUGAACACGGCAAGUACGAAUGUAUAAAGUGUCUAUUAGAGAAUGGACUUGAUGUGAAUAGUAAAGAUACCUUAGGUCAUAGCCCAUUGUUUUAUUGUCAUAAGUCCCAUGAGGAAUCAAUUACUAAGAUGGAACUGUUGAUACAAUAUGGGGCUAAAUUACAUCUUGAGGAAGAGAAUAUCAGGCGAGCUAUACGAGAUCGUGUCGCUCCAAAGUGAAACAAACCUUUUAAAGCAAAGUGUCAUGUCCCUAGGUUUGUCUUUUGUAAUUGUUUGAAGUUUAGCCAGACAGCAGUUUUUAGAAUGUCAAGUGUGUGUGUGUGUG